GCCGGGCCGCGGCCGCUCCGAGGUGAACGGCGCCGAGACGGGCUCGCGGCGCGGGGAGGCCGGGCGCGCCGCCGCUAUGAAUUCGGCCGAGCAGACCGUUACGUGGCUCAUUACCUUGGGGGUGCUGGAGUCGCCCAAGAAAACCAUCUCGGACCCGGAGGGCUUCCUGCAGGCGUCCCUGAAGGAUGGGGUGGUCCUCUGCAGGCUGCUGGAGCGCCUGCUGCCCGGGACCAUCGAGAAAGUCUAUCCGGAGCCCCGGAGCGAGAGCGAGUGCCUGAGCAACAUCCGCGAGUUCCUGCGAGGCUGCGGGGCCUCCCUGCGCCUGGAGACAUUUGAUGCACAUGAUUUGUAUCAGGGGCAGAAUUUUAACAAGGUCCUCAGUUCCUUAGUGACGCUAAAUAAAGUAACAGCAGACAUUGGACUGGGAAGUGACUCUGUAUGCGCCCGGCCGCCAUCUCACCGGAUAAAAUCUUUUGACUCCCUGGGAUCCCAGCCUUCACACAGUCGGACUUCAAAAUUGUUCCAGGGCCAGUAUCGGAGUUUGGACAUGACCGACAAUAGCAGCAAUCAGCUGGUAGUAAGAGCAAAGUUUAACUUCCAGCAGACCAAUGAAGACGAGCUUUCCUUCACGAAAGGAGACGUCAUCCACGUCACUCGAGUGGAGGACGGGGGCUGGUGGGAAGGCUCGCUCGGCAGCAGGACUGGCUGGUUCCCCAGCAACUAUGUGCGCGAGGUCAAGCCCAGUGAGAAGCCCGUGUCUCCCAAAUCAGGAGCAUUGAAGAGCCCUCCCAAAGGAUUUGAUACAACUGCCAUUAACAAAAGCUAUUACAAUGUGGUGCUACAGAAUAUUUUGGAAACAGAAAAUGAAUAUUCUAAAGAACUUCAGGCUGUGCUUUCAACCUACCUACGGCCAUUGCAGACCAGUGAAAAGUUAAGUUCGGCGAACACUUCAUAUUUAAUGGGAAAUCUAGAAGAAAUAUGUUCUUUCCAGCAAAUGCUUGUACAGUCUUUAGAAGAAUGUACCAAGUCGCCUGAGGCUCAGCAGCGGGUUGGAGGCUGCUUCUUGAACCUGAUGCCGCAAAUGAGAACCUUGUACCUUGCGUAUUGUGCCAAUCACCCGUCUGCGGUGAACGUUCUCACGGAGCACAGUGAGGAGUUGGGAGAGUUCAUGGAGACGAAAGGGGCCCACAGCCCUGGGAUUCUCGUGCUGACCACCGGCCUCAGCAGACCGUUCAUGCGCCUGGAUAGAUACCCGACGCUUCUCAAGGAGCUCGAGAGGCACAUGGAGGAUUAUCAUCCAGAUAGACAAGACAUUCAGAAAUCCAUGGCCGCCUUCAAAACCCUCUCUGCCCAGUGUCAGGAAGUACGGAAGAGGAAAGAGCUGGAACUGCAGAUUCUGACGGAAGCCAUCCGCAGCUGGGAGGGAGAUGACAUCAAGACCUUGGGCAGCGUCGUUUACAUGUCCCAGGUCAUGAUCCAGUGUGCAGGAAGUGAGGAAAAGAAUGAAAGAUACCUUCUACUCUUCCCAAAUAUUUUGCUAAUGUUGUCUGCCAGUCCAAGGAUGAGUGGUUUUAUCUAUCAGGGAAAGCUACCGACAACAGGAAUGACAAUUACAAAGCUUGAUGACAGUGAAAAUCAUAGAAAUGCGUUUGAAAUAUCAGGGAGCAUGAUUGAGCGCAUAUUAGUGUCGUGCAGCAACCAGCAGGACCUCCAUGAAUGGGUGGACCAUCUGCAGAAGCAAACAAAGGUCACGUCUGUGGGCAACCCCACUGUGAAGCCCCACUCAGUGCCAUCUCACACGCUGCCCUCCCACCCGAUGAUGCCAAGCAGCAAGCACGCGGACAGCAAGCCCGUGCCGCUGGCGCCCGCCUACCAUACGCUGCCACACCCCUCCCAUCACGGCGCCCUGCACACCACCAUCAGCUGGGGGCCCCUGGAGCCUCCGAAGACACCCAAGCCGUGGAGCCUGAGCUGCCUGCGGCCCGCCCCACCCCUGCGGCCCUCAGCGGCUCUCUGCUACAAGGAGGAUCUUAGUAAGAGUCCCAAGACAAUGAAAAAGUUGCUACCUAAGCGCAAACCUGAGCGGAAGCCUUCAGAGGAGGAGUUUGCACUGAGGAAAAGCACGGCGGCCUUGGAAGAAGAUGCUCAGAUCCUGAAAGUCAUCGAAGCUUACUGCACAAGCGCCAAGACGCGGCAGACACUCAACUCAACAUGGCAAGGCACUGACCUGAUGCAUAAUCACGUCCUGGCUGACGGCGACCAAGCAAGUCUAGACUCCCUGGGCCGUCGCAGUAGCCUUUCCCGUUUGGAGCCUUCAGACCUGUCGGAAGACUCUGACUAUGACAGUGUAUGGACAGCCCAUAGUCACAGAAUGGGUUCUGCAUCUCGUUCACGCAAAGAAUCUGCCCCACAAGUUUUGCUUCCAGAAGAAGAGAAAAUCAUAGUAGAAGAAACUAAAAGUAAUGGUCAGACAGUGAUAGAAGAAAAGAGUCUCGUUGAUACUGUCUAUGCAUUAAAGGAUGAAGUGCAAGAGUUAAGACAAGAUAACAAAAAGAUGAAGAAGUCUCUGGAGGAGGAGCAGAGAGCCCGCAAAGACCUGGAGAAGCUGGUGAGGAAGGUUCUGAAGAGCAUGAACGACCCUGCCUGGGACGAGACCAACCUGUAAAGCUCCUGGGCUCUUUGUCCAAGACGGUCAGGACACCAGCGCAUGUGACGCUCAGGACUGCAGGGCAGGGCUGGAUGACAGCUGUGUUCCUGCGCAUAGAGAAGCUGGGGGGGAGUCCAGGCGCGACGUUCGCGCCUUGGGGCUGAACUGUGUUACCCGUCCCGUUAGCAUCUCAGUUACCUUGUUUGGCAAUAAGUGCAGUGAUCAGCCACAAGCCCUGGCCUUUCAGGUGUUCACUGAAUAUAUAUAAUGUCACAUACACGUGUUCUUUUAAGCACUCCAUUUCAAAACUAUAUCCCCGAUUGUUGUGUCUGGGCUAGCGUGUCCUUCCCGCUAACCUCGCUGGUGCUGUGGCCUGGAGGCCGUGUUCUGGCGCUCGUGGGAAGCAGGCAGGAGGGUGCCUGGGUCCUGUGCAUGCCCGAUGUGCCCCCCAACCGCGCUCUCCAAGUGCCUUGGUAACCUUACAUCUCGUGGGGCGCUCCAGGCCUGUUUUCACAGCCCUCCCUUCAGCAGCGUUUGAGUCACCAAUCUGCAGGGGUUCCAUGCUGUGCUGUGCACCCCACCCUGAACUGGAGGGAGUCGCAUGCUGCCACCAUGUCCGGCUGCAGGUGUCCCUGCUCGCCUGCUUUGUGGGAACGCCGGGACCAUCGGGGCACGUUCCCUGCGUUUUGGGAGAGACUUUCAUGUGUAGACUAGGGUACACCUUCCGCUGCCCUGAAGGAGAGCGCUCCUCUGGAACCUGUGAGCAGAGUGUGUUCAUGACAGAGUGCUGCGGCUGAGGCGGGGCAUGCAGCGGGCACGGUGCAUCAGAGGUCCUGUCGGGCCAGUGUGACCUUUGAGCCCUGUUCACCGCGAUGCAGCAAGUGUGAACUCAAAGGAAAGAUGCGCUUCGCCAGCCAGAAUAAAGCAAUAUAUGUCUUAAAUUCCACCUAAGUAAUAAAAGUUGAGAUGCGGGUCCAUUUCCCUGCCCUCCACCUGUCCAAAGGGCAGAGGAGCCAGAGGAAGCGUGUGCUGACCUCUGCCCCUGCAGGCCCUGGGCAGCCUGCCUCCUGCUUUGGGGAUAGGGUCCCCGUGUUGGGAGCUGUGCUUUCCAUGCCCCUCUUCUGAAGAGGUCGGCUUUAAAAGCCAGAUGAACUUCACAGAACAAGUAUUACAUCUUAAGAACCCAAAUCACAACCCCGCAUUGCACGCGUCUCAGAAAUACCCAUGGGCACCAGAUGUGACUUGAUUCGCCACAGCUGCUUAGGGAUUGUAGGUGCCUUUGAGGCAGACAGCUUUGAACCUGUUGGUUUUCUGGGGGUCUGUGGGUCUUGCUCUGGGCCCGCCCAGGGCCCACUGGAGGGUGGCUGCAUGGCUGCAUGCCUGGUGUCGGGCCAGUGUGAACCCGCUCGCACUUGGCCUUUACCCAGGGUCGCCAGCUUCCCGCUCCUAGCGUUGUGCUCAUUGGUGCGGACCAGAAAGGUCACCUUUCGUUUGCAAGCCGUCUCUGCAGUUGUAUCUCUUGGUGAAGCACGAGACAGUGCAGUGGGAAAUGAACUCACUGAAGUUUGCCAUCUGAAGCGAAUUUUGACUCAGGAACAUUCAUCACUGGAUCUCUGCCACUUGGACCAGCAGUGUAGGCGUCGCCCGCCCUGGGACGGGCCUCUUUCAGAACCUGCCUCAACGGUUGGUCGAAGCCGCGAGUGAGAACAGAUGAUUACCACCCUGUCCCAGGGGUGACCGAGAUGCUCAUGUAACGCGUUACCAAUUCUUCCCAUGGAGCCAGUAUUUCACUAAGCUUUUUUAAGAAAACAAAAAUGCAUCUGAGAGCAAUUCUUUCUUCAAACCUGUCCUAUUGUAAACAGACUGCAUACAUUUCUCUGUGACCUUCCGAGGGUUGGGCGUUGAUGGGAGCCUUAGGAAGGGGCACUCUUUACCCCUGGGGAACCUUCUCUGCUCUCGCCUCUCACGGACAAGGACACGAAGCCUCUCCUGUUCUGGCGUGUGAAGCACUUCGAUGAGGUGGGGCACUGGGGGCCUCUGCCCGUUGUGCUUUGUGGGGUGUGUCCCCAUCCACACGUGUCAGAGCGGCUGGGACACCAGUACCUCCCGGCUUUGCACUUGUGACCUGCCUCCAUUUCUCUGGGACACACAGUGUCCCCAUUUACAGCUGUGGGGACACUUUGUGUAAGUGCCACAUUGCCCUGGCAUUGACAUUUGUGCUACAUUGUUGUAAUUAUUAAACUGCUCUUUCUUACAUGACAAA